CCGAUCUCUAUCAAUUUCGUCCACCAAGCACAACAGUUUAGUCCACCAAGAAGAACAGAGAAGGAAAAGAGAGAGGGUUUUUCUCGGCACCCGGAGUCUUUCCAAUAACCAGGAGCUUAAAAUAUAGAAUUUUGGGAGAUGGUUAUCUAGUUGUUUCUUUGUUACUUAUCAUCGGCGGUUAUUAUAUAUGGCUCAUGUUAAAUGAAAUCGAUGCUCAAAACUGUUUGGUUAUUAUAUAUGGCUCAUGUUAAAUGAAAUCGAUGCUCAAAAUUGUUUGAUGAAAUGUCUCUACCUGAUGCUGCUUCUUGUUAUCGUCAGACAUGGAAGCAUAGAUGGUGACCUUUGUGUGGAAGUUUUAAGGAAAUGCUGGCUACUAAGUUGACAAGCUCCAAAGUGGAAAAGUUCUGCCUCAUUGCACAGUAUCGCACCAAAUACUCAUGAUUGGGGCCACAUAUCGAAAUUACUUAGGUGGUAUAUUAAAUGUACAGUGCAAGCAGUGUAUCAAGGGCAUCACAAAGCAGCAGUGUGCUGCGCUUUACACGAUGGACCAGAACCUUCUGCAACUUGAAUCUCUUAGCCUUAAAUGUCAGAUUAUCGGAAACACUUUCCUCCAUGGCCAUGUGACGAGGUUUGGCGAUUGAAGAAUAAGGAAAGAUGGUGUUUUUCAUCAACGCCUGGCUGACAUUGGAAUAGUAACAGUCGAAAACUUCUUGAGGCUUUUUUUUUUACUGAUUCUUGUGCCCUUCUCAAGGUUGUUGUGGAGAAAAAGAUAAUGCGUGAUAGUAAAAGAAAAAGGCAUGAUAUUGGUCGUGAUCGUUUUGUGGAAUAAGUGAUUUUUGAACUUCAGUGAUUAGUCCUGAGGCAUGAAUUAUAUGAUUAUGCAAGUAAAUACCUUUUUAACUAGUAAUAAUCACAAUUUUUUUAUUUGGUUUAUGCUUGUGCUCUAAAGGUAUGGAAAUGGAAGAAUGAGCAUGAAAAUACAAUAUUGAAUCAGGAACGAUGGAUAGUUGUUCUCUCGACUGGUCUCAUGAGUGCUUUACAAUGGACGAGCCAAGAUCAAAAGCUGUGACUGAAGCUUUUGUUCGCCUUUAUAAACAUAGUCUCAUAUAUAGGGAUAACCGGCUUGUGAACAAGGAUUGUGUCUUGCGGAUAGCUAUUUCUGAUAUUGAAGUAGAUUACAAAGACAUAAAGGAAAGAACGAUGUUAAAGGUUCCUGCUUAUGAUACCCCAGUAGAAUUUGGUGUACUGACAUCUUUUGCUUACCCUUUGGAGGGAGACUUGGAUGAUGAGAUAGUUGUUGCCACAACUAGAGUGGAGACGAUGUUAGAUGAUACUGGCAUGGCUGUCCAUCCUGAAGACAAGAGGUACACUCAUCUUCAUGGAAAGUAUGCAAUUUAUCCAUUCAAUGGAAGCAGGCUGUCCAUUGUUUGUGAUGGAAUACUUGUCGAUCCACAAUUUGGGACAGGUGCUGUUAAGAUUACACCUGCUCAUGAUCCAAAUGAUUUUGAUUUUGGAAAACGUCAUAAUCUGGAAUUUAUCAACAUCUUGACAAAUAAAGGAUUAAUUAACAACAAUAAUUGUUCUCCUAUCUAUAUACUCUGUUGAUGUAUGAAUAAUUCUUGAUGGAAUGUGAUGAUCAAUAAUUGUUCCU